UUCAGUCCAGCAGAGCUGUUCGUGGUGCGAAGUCGGCAGCAGAACCUUCCUCAGCGCUCUCAUGGGCAGAAAGACUUUUUGCCAGAUGGCUCAGAAGUUCAGGAGACGAAGUUACAGAUCUGCCGUACAGAGCAAUGGGAACUAUUAGGAGAAGAACGAGUUGAGCGUUUAGGAAGUUUGGGGAGAGGAGUAUGGAAACCAGAGGAAAGACUUGGUGGAACUGACACGGCCUGCAGGCAAGUUUUGGCAAACAAUGGGUUUCACCAAGGAAGGGAGACAGUGCCUGCUACCGGAGGAAGCUCUCUACUUGCUUGAAUGUGGCACAAUCCAGCUGUUUUAUAGGGAUCGACCACUGUCUGUCCAGGAGGCCUAUGAGAAACUACUCUCAGGUGGUUCAGUCACCUUGCCACGCUAUCAGGUGUAUAGCCAUUUGAAGAGAUUGGGCUACAUUGUCACACGCUUUAACCCAGGUUCUGUAAAAACACCAUAUGAGAGGCAGAUAAACUUGGACAGCCAAGUUGGACACAGCCGUAAACGCAAAAGGAGCUCAAGUCCUUGUUUAGUAUCAAAGCCUGAAACGACAAUAAACGAUGGAGAAGAACAAAUCAGCUUGAUUACUGCUAGUACCCAUUGCCCCAGUGACGAGAAUACACCUUCCACAGUGCCCUUAUAUCAGAAUAGCCAACAGGCGAAUGAAAAAAUAGAGAGCCACCAUUCAGAUACCCUUGUAAAAUCUUCAUGUAAGAAUUCCCGGCCUGACCUAGAAACAUGCAAGUCAGGAUCAACAUUCCCAACCAAUUCUCGAUGGGACUUUGCCAGACUUUGUUUUCCAAAUUGCGCCCCUGAUCAACCAUGUGUUCAGCUUCGAGAUCCAGAUCCGACUCUGAUACCAGAGAAUGUGUCCGGGCGUCCUGUGGACAUAUCACGCUGGUUAGGAAAUCUGAACUUGCGUAGGGAGAAAGCAUCUCGAAGAGAGCAAGAACAAUGGGACUGGGAGCGCAAGUACAAAAUUAGUGUCAAUGCAGACCCCAAAGUAAAGAAGUGCACCAACUGGAAGGAAUACAAGGAGCUCCUGCAAGAGAAGGCAUGUCAGCAUGACCAAGAUAGACCUUCACAUCUUUGGAAGAGUACUGUUCAACCACUGCUGAUUCCUGGUCCCAUUAAAUCUACAGCUUCUGUUUUAGAAGAGAUCACACUGAUGAGCCAGUCUACUCUGCUGGAUGAUAGCAAAAGGAUUCAAAAGAUGCCAAACCUUCCACAGAUCCACUUUAACCUGUAUCAGGCUGAUGGAACGUCAAUAUUCAAGAAGUCUAAACCAGGGAAGCCCUAUGCACAUUUGUGUGUACGAAGCUUUGAUGAGCAGAUUCCCACUCUGCUGAUGCUGAAGACCCUGGCCUAUCAAAGUGGAGAUGUGCCUGUGGUGUUUGCUCUUGUGGAUUAUGGAGAAGUGGCCUUUUACACUUUCAAAGACUUUCAGCUACCGGUGGAUGUAUAUCCUUGA